GUUCGGUUGGAAAACACGACACUUUUAGUUGUCCUCAAUUGUCCUCAUAUUUCAUUCCUGCAUGCGUUUCAAUUAAAAUAUCUCGACCUAAUCUAACGUGGAAGCAUGCAAUUGGUUCUAAAAUGAUAAGCAUUCUGUGUUCAAAAAUCCUUGCGCACCCCAAUAGUAUAGCUUUCCAUUGUCAUAUUCCCUCGAGCACCCAUUACUCGACCAUACCAUAGCAGAUAGCACAGAAGCAAACUACAAUGGCAACACUAACCAGUCUUAACCUCUCAACUCCUAGAGUCUUAGCCAAGGCCACAGACGCACCAAAGGCUCAACCCAUCUUCAAGUUAAACCACCCAUGGAAGAGGGCAUACCGAUUGGGGUCUGGACGCAUGCAAAUCCAACCAGUGAGAGCAGCCCCAGAUAGCAUAUCGGAGAAGGUGGAAGAGAGCAUCAAAAGCGCAGAGGAGGCCUGCGCAGGCGACCCAGCGAGCGGGGAAUGUGUGGCGGCUUGGGACGAAGUGGAGGAACUGAGUGCAGCUGCUAGCCAUGCGAGGGACAAGAAGAAGCAGUCUGACCCUUUGGAGAAUUACUGCAAGGACAACCCGGAGACAGAUGAGUGCCGCACUUAUGAGGACUGAAAAUGGGUUCUUUGCUUAUUGCUUUUAAGUAAUCAAGUUUUAGAUGUUCAUAAUCCUUUGAAUAUGUGAGGAAAUUGAAGUUAUUGUAUGAUGGAUUUAUCAUGGGGCUAUCAGAUGCAUAUACCAUACCAUCUUAGAAGAUAAAUUGCUAAUUAUUACUUAACGUA